CGAAAAGCCAAGUUAUUACGCCGAGCUUUACAAGCGACAUAAUUUAACAGGAGCUCAUGUUAUUAAACUUGGACCUGGAAAUGAUGAGGCUGCCAGAGAAGCUUUAAGAGUGUGGCCUGGUGGUUUACAAAUUGGUGGUGGAAUUACUCUUGAUAAUGCUAGGGAGUGGAUUGAUGCUGGUGCUGACAAGGUAAUCAUUACAUCAUAUCUUUUUCCUGAUACGAAAUUUUCACUUUCUCGAUUACAAGAAUUUUGUGAUAAGCUUGGAAAAGAAAGAAUUGUUGUUGAUAUAAGUUGUAGAAGGCGAGGAAAUAAAUGGAUUGUGGCUAUGAACAAAUGGCAAACUAUUACUAAUAUGGAGGUUAAUAAAGCAGAUGUUGAAGGAUUAUGUCAGGGUAUUGAUACUGAGCUUGUUGAAUGUUUAGGAAAAUGGACACAAAUACCUACAACUUAUGCAGGUGGAGCAAAUUCAAUUGCAGAUCUUGAAUUAGUUAACAAGUUAUCUAAUGGAAAGGUAGAUUUAACAUUUGGAAG